AUGGCUAAAGAAGGAGACAUGUCACUGUUCAAUGAUGUGUUGGAGCCGUUUAGACGGGUAAUAAAUACGGACCCGCCGAAAGACAAACUGUCGUCCGCUACAAAACUGAAUUUUUCUGAUAGUAAUCAAUCUAUGAAAGAAGGACUCAAUAACCUAUUAUCACUUGGCAAAAGAAAGUCGAGCGUUUGCAUGAAUGAUGUAUGUACGCCGGAGAAACGUGUGCGUUCGGAGUCCAGCUCGACACCGGCGUCUGCACCUCCGUCACCAUGGGAAGCUAAGAGGCUGAAAAUAGAUCUAAUAGCUGCUAAAGCUCAGAUUACAAAGUUGGAGUCCCGCAUAAACCACCAGCAUACAAUUCGUAAAGAGAUGCAGAUCCUGUUUGAAGAAGAGAAGGGAUCACUUGUGGAACAACACAAGAGGGAUGAGAGAGCUCUCUCUGAUAUGGAGGACAGAUUGCAACUAAUAAGGAGAAGGGAACAGGAGCUGAAGGAUGAAUACAAUCAGGCAUUGAAAGAACACAAAGAUCAGAAAGCUAACUGGGACAGAGAGAAGGCGGACUUACACAAACAGAUAGCUGACAUGAAGGACAAGCUGCUGGAGUGCAGCGUCAGCAGCAAGGACCAGCUGUCUGAGAUGAAGAAGGAUAUGGACGAAUUGUUACAGGCAUUGGAAGGAGCUCAGUCAGAAGUAGAAAUAUUAAAAGGCGAGGUAGCAAAACAAACAACCAGGGCAGAACAGUGCACUACACUGAGGACUCAGCUGGAGAAGCAGACUUUCGAGCUGCAGAGCGUCACCAACAAACUCAAGGAGUUGGAGUACGAGAGAGACUCUUACAAAGACUGGCAGCAACAGGCUAAGACUGCACAAAAACGUCUAAGCAAUAUGGCGGAGCUAGAGAAGGAGGUGAACAGACUUCGUUCACAAGAGCGGUCGCUACGCGAUGCCGUCUGCAACAAGCUACUGUUGGAGGAACAAGUCCAUCAGUUGCAGUCCAGGGUCGAUGUCUUGCAGCCUGUGCAGAAUGAACUGCAUGAGGCCAAGGUUAAACUAGCUACUCUAGAAUCAGCACUAGAAGAAUGGAAGUCAGCGGCGCGCACGCACGGAGUAGAGAGCGCGCGCGCUCUGUCGGGCGCGCUGGACGCCGCGCUCACCUCGCAGCUCGACGCCACCGCCGCCUCCUCGCACGCCCAGUCGCAGCUGGCGCAGCUCACUGAGGAAGUAGCAACAAUAAAGUUCGAGCGCGACAAGGCGACCAGCAAGCUGAACGAGCUGCAAGUAGUCCGCAAGAACCAGGAGAGUCUCAUACAUAGGCUGCAGAAGCGGCUGCUACUUGUCACCCGGGAGAGAGAUAGCUAUAGACAGCAGUUGGACUGCUACGAGAAGGAGCUGACGGUGUCGCUGUGCGGCGAGGCGGGCGCGGGCAGCGCGGCGCUGCUGGCGGCGCGCGUCGACCAGCUCGAGCGCGCGCUGCAGGCAUACCGGGACCUGCUCGCGCACUCCGACCAGCCCGCGCAUACUGCACUGGUGGAGACGUUACGCGCAGAGUCAAGCAAAUGGCGCGAGGAGGCUGAGAACCUCAAGCGUGACGUAGCCAAGUUACGAGCACAGAGGGACACGUUACAAGCUAACUUGGAACGUAUCGGCGCGCAAUCGCAGACCAAGGUGCUCCACCUAACCAACAAUCCCGCGGCAGAAGCUCAGAAACAAAUCCAGUUAGACCUAGAGGCUGCACAAGAAGAGAUCAAAAGACUAAAAGCAAGUUUGCGAGAAGGUGGCGGCUCUCGAGCUUGUCCUGAAGAGAUACAGCAGUUGAAGCAACAGCUGGAAAGCAGUCGUAUUAAACUUAAAAGGUUGAAAGAAGAGUUCACGUCCUCAGCGCAGGAGUACAGAGACGUGUGCUACAUGCUACUAGGUUAUAAAAUUGAUAGAACUGGACAUAAGAAUUAUAGAAUAUCAAACAUGUACGCGGAGUCAUCGGAAGAGUAUCUAACGUUUACGUUGGACGACGACGGCAUAGAGAUGGUCCACACUGACUACUCAGCGACUCUUGGCGAGUUAGUCGAGUUACAUCUACACCAGCACCGCUCUAUACCACUGUUCCUAAGCGCACUCACUAUGGAACUAUUCACAAGAACUACAAUGCAACAGGUGCAGUGA